AUGAUAUCUCCUUCACCAAGUUCAGGUAUUAAAAGAAUAUGUUUGGGUGCUGAUAAUGGAAUCUCCGAGUCUUCAUUCAUUGAAAAAAAUAUUAGGAUUUGGGGAGGUGUUGUUAAUUCCAAAGCGGAAAUAAAAAGAAGGGCUUUGGGCAUAGUUCAACCUAUAAUUAAUGAAAUCCUGGCUUUGGAAGUUAUUGUCGGAUCGAUUCAAAAGUGA